GAGUCAGACCCUUCAAGGCUGCGGCUCCAACAUGGCCUCCAACAAAACGACGCUGCCAAAAAUGGGAAAGAAACAGAAUGGAAAGAGCAAAAAAAUGGAAGAGGCAGAGCCUGAAGGAUUUGUGGUGGAAAAAGUAUUGGAAAAAAGUGUAGUAAAUGGGAAGGUGGAAUAUUUCCUGAAGUGGAAAGGAUUUACCGAUGCUGACAAUACUUGGGAACCUGAAGAAAAUUUAGAUUGUCCAGAGUUGAUUGAAGCAUUUCUUAAUUCCCAAAAAGCUGGUAAAGAAAAAGAUGGCACAAAAAGAAAAUCUUUAUCUGACAGUGAAUCUGAUGAUAGCAAAUCAAAGAAGAAAAGAGAUGCUGCUGACAAACCAAGAGGCUUUGCCAGAGGUCUAGAUCCUGAGAGAAGAAUUGGUGCCACAGACAGUAGUGGGGAACUGAUGUUUCUCAUGAAAUGGAAGGAUUCAGAUGAGGCAGACUUGGUGCUGGCAAAAGAGGCAAAUAUGAAGUGUCCUCAAAUUGUAAUUGCUUUUUACGAAGAGAGACUAACUUGGCAUUCUUGUCCUGAAGACGAAGCUCAAUAAUUGUACGCAUUGCUUUUUAUAUAUAUAUGUA